UUCCACCCAGGACGCAGCUCAAAUUGAAGUGCGUUUAGACGCAGUCAGUUUUGUACUGCGUCUAGAUGCUCCGAUUGUUUCACCUGGGACGCGCUCAAUUACUGUGAUUUAGGCGCGAUUCGGACGCGAUUAAAGCGCGUUUAGAUCCAAAAAAUGCUUACAUGGGCUGGAAAAGGGUUAGGCAACUUCCUGUACACCUUUUGUCGGGGUAGAAAUUAGUAUAGUUCGACAAAAUAACAAUACACAGUUUAGUGUUCAUUAUAUCUCCAUACUCAGAAAUCGAAAGCUAACAAGCGUCUAUUCAACACUCAACAUUUUUCGAAGGUCAAUUUUCAUACAGCUUGACGAUUAUUACAAGUCUAUCCAUCGUCGCACUUAUUCAACUUCGGACCAUACUCCGACUCGUCGAUAUCCUGCACGCUCUAGAUAGCUAUAGAUUUCCACGACAUCUAGAAAAUUUCAAUGACUACAAUGAUUUACAUGAAAAUUACGGUUCAACUGAUAUGGCAUACUGA